AGACCUUGAAAAGCCCCAAAUAAUCUGGUGCUGCGCAGAACCAGGCAGUGGCAGAGAUUCCUCGCAGUCGUCGUCGCUUAUAAAUAGUCGACACACAACACACACGCACACACUGAGCUGCAGCUUUGACACUGACACACCUGCCUUUUACCAUCAUCUUUAGAAACGUCAACAACGUGAAGAGACGUGCAAGUUUGUGAUUGACUGGACUGACUGCAGCCUCCAGCGAGCACAACAAGAAAUGCGUGCGAAGAAGAGUGGCGACUGAUCAAACACAGCUCAGGACUUGUAAACAAGGGAGUCCUCUUACACACAAACCAAGUGUUUUCUUUCCUGAAUGAGUGACUUGAGUGUCUAAACCAGUGAUCAGUGAAGGGCACACAUGGCCCACCGUGUGACCGACCAUCCAGUGGCCCAGGCCACCGUGCUGGCUCUGCCUCCCUCCAGCCAAGCAAAGGACUUGAGGCCCAGAUGGACGGCGGUGGACUCCCUUCUGUGUGGGGCGUUUGCUGGAGCUAUAGCCAAAACAGUUAUUGCACCUCUGGAUCGGACAAAGAUCAUUUUCCAAGUGUCCACCAACAGAUUCUCAGCUAAGGAGGCCUUCAGGUUCAUCUACUGCAGCUACAUGAAGGAUGGGCUGCUCAGCCUGUGGAGGGGCAACUCUGCCACCAUGAUCAGGGUCAUGCCUUACGCUGCCAUCCAGUUCUGCUCACAUGACCAGUACAAAAAAGUACUGGGGGGCUACUACGGCUACCAGGGCAAAGCUCUGCCUCCUUUACCACGCUUCCUGGCUGGCUCUCUGGCCGGCACCACUGCUACCAUGCUUACCUACCCUCUGGACAUGGUACGAGCCAGGAUGGCAGUCACAGCCAGAGAAAUGUACUGCAACAUCAUGCACGUCUUUAUGCGGAUCUCCCAAGAGGAGGGCAUCAGGACCCUUUACAGAGGCUUCACUCCCACUAUCAUGGGUGUCAUCCCAUAUGCAGGGAUCACAUUCUUCACAUACGAGACCCUCAAGAAGCUACACACAGAAAAAACAAAGCGACCCCAGCCAUACCCCUAUGAGCGCCUAGCAUUUGGCGCCUGCGCCGGCCUGAUCGGACAAUCUGCCUCGUACCCUCUGGACGUGGUGCGUCGGCGCAUGCAGACAGCCGGCGUCACCGGCUCUUCGUACAGCACAAUUCUGGGGACCAUGUGUGCGAUCGUAAAGCAGGAGGGAGUCGUAGGCGGACUAUACAAAGGCCUGAGCAUGAACUGGAUUAAAGGGCCCGUCGCCGUGGGGAUCAGCCUCACCACGUUUGACAUCACUCACAGCCUUCUGCUCAAAAUGCAUCAGAUGGGAUACUUCACCCACUGAGAGACAGAGAGGAGAAGCACAGACUGACCCGAGGGAGGUGGUCAACUCUGUCACAUGGCUAUAAAAAGUCUCUGCACUCUGCAAAGCCGUCCUGCUGCUGCUGCACUCCUGUUCCCUUCAGACCGGAGGAGGGUGUGAGAGGACAGGAGAUCUGUUGCGCACAAAGAAACAAAGUUUCUCACAUUUUGCUAAACGCACAGUCAGGAUUCACUGACAGAGAGAGAAUCACACUAUCACAACUUUGUUUUGAAAUCACGUCGCCAUCAGGGUGGCUAAAGUGAUUAACCGAGGAACAGCGGAUCAAGAAAAGUUUAGUAUUUGAUGGAUGAUAUGGAGCACUUUGUGUUGUGUUGUGUUAAUAAAAUAAUGCUUGCACUUUAUAGACCUGCAAUGUUCUUUCAAAUUAAUCCUGUCUCAACAGAGAGAACUUGUUUUUAAUGAGUUUUAUUGCUUUUAAUUUGGAGGGCAAAUUUUAUUUUUAUUUUAACCGCAUUUCUUUGUUGUCCUUUUGAUUAUUUCAGCCUGAUUGUUCAGGGGUAUGAUUUGUAAUGAGUGAUUUUAAUUAUGCAAUAUGUUUUAAUUUUCAAUUUUAUGAUGGUGCCUCUGUGGGUUGAAUUGAGAUUGACGGAGCGAUUGAUUUUAGGAGGGUGAUCAUGUCAGCAGGACUGCACAGUUUCACUGUCCAUCCAGCACUGAGGAGGAGUGAUAUAGUAUUAUUAAUAUGUCUGAGGAGGAGUGAUGAUAUAGUACUAAAAUGUCUAAUUUGAGUAAUAAAUCUAUAUAUAUAACAGAUUUUUGCUUUAUGUGCAUACUAUUAAGAUGUAUUUUUGUACUGUGUCCACAUUAUUGACUCCGUCUUUACUUUAAAAAUCUAAAUAUGCCAAAGCAUUAAACUCAUUAAACAGCAUUAUGUCCAAAGAUGUACAUUUACAGUUUCAAGUUACUCUGACUCUUCAAUAAAGUGUCCAUCCACAA